AUGGCAUCAACCUCAGUCCACGCUGGAUCCCCUGACAUAACUAUCGUGCGGGGAACAGUGGAUGACGCUCCGGCAGUCCUCGAUAUCCUCGAUACCGCAGUCAAAUGGCUAGUAUCGCAUGAAAGAACUGGACAGUGGGGAUCAGCCCCAUUUUCCGAGAAUCUCAAACGCGCCGAACAACUCAGAGAAUUCGCAACCACCGGCCAUGGUCUCUGGCUCGCCAUCAAGGUUGCUGAUGAUACGCCUAUCUCUGACGAUAACCCCCAAACUGCGAAGGGAAGAAUCCCGGGUAUCAUUGUAGGAGCGCUUGCCGUCGGAGAGCGAGUGCCUUAUGUGACUCCUGUCUCCGAGCCUGAGCUUUACGUGCGACUCCUAGUCACGGAUCGACGAUGGGCGGGCAAUCAGAUAGGUAAACGCCUUUUGGAUCAUGCUCGUGGUCUUGCCAACAAGGAUGGAGUCUCAUUACUACGAGUGGAUUGCUAUGCAGGGAGUGAUGGCAAGUUGGUUCAAUACUAUGAGUCACAAGGAUUUAAGCGAUCUGAAAGGUUGAAUGUGGAAGGCGUCUGGCCCUGUCAAGUGCUUGCUCAACGUUUAGAUCAAGUGAAAGAAGAGGGGGAACCUUGA